AUGAAGGCCGGUUUCCUUGGGGCGGCGUCUUCUCGUCAGUCCAAGCUGUCUGUCGCGAAAGCCGCUCCGCCUUUUCAGGAAGAUGGAAAGUUCACGUUUGAUCACUUCUCGCUGGAGCGCUUCCUCGGUCGCGGCAACUUCUGCGAGGUCUUCGAGGCCUCUCUCGUCGGCGACAAGGAAGGAAAGACUUACGCACUGAAAGUCUUUGACCGGAAACAAGUGAUGAAGUUGAACAAAGUCCAAGACGUGAUCAUGGAGCGCCACUGUAUGCUGCGCCUCGGGGACCCCGGUCACCCCAACGUGGUGAAGAUGGUCGCGACCUUCAAGGAUGAAUUCCGCGUCUGCAUCGUCUACGAGCUCGCAGAAAACGGCGAACUCUGGGACUUGAUGAAGCACGGGGGAGUCCACACCGGGAGCCUGGCCGCGCGCUACAUUCUGCAGCUCUGCAGCGCGGUGGAGUACAUCCACUCCAAGGGCAUCAUUCACCGCGACAUCAAAGCGGAGAACGUCGUCGUGAGCCGCGACGGAAAUUUGAAGCUGAUCGACUUCGGCACGGCCGUCGACUUGGAGCACCCCGAAGUCCACCCUGCAGUCCUCGGAUCCGCGUCACCUCUUGGCGCUGCUGAUGGGGCUCGGGCUCGCCCCGCGCGGAUGCGGUUCGCUCACCACGUAGGCACCGCGCAGUUCAUGCCUCCAGAGGCCAUUCAGAACAAGGACAGCGGCAAAAUGCGAGAUUUGUGGAGUCUUGGGUGUACGAUUUACCAAAUUCUCACCGGAAACCCGCCGUUUCAAGCCACAACGAACUACUUCGUUUUCCUAAAGGUUCAGGCGCGUGACUUGCAUUUUCCUCCGCACUUCCCCCCCGGCGCGCGAGAUCUUGUUGAGCAGCUGCUGAGGCCUGAACAGGCGCAGCGGCUCGGCGCGAAGGGCGGCAUUGCAGAGGUCCUUGCGCACCCGUAUAUUCUCUCGCUGAAGGCCAGGUUUUCAUCUUCUCUUGCGCGGAGUCUGGCGCCGGUGCCCUCGCUGCAGGAUCUUUGCUUCCGCGCGAUUCUGAACAACUUCUUCGUGCGGCUGAUGAAGCUCCAGGAGUCUCAGGAAGCAUCGCACGAACGCGAACGCGAGGCUACCAUGCGGCGCGCGAGUCUCGCGAGCGUCGACGAAGAAGACGAGGAGGAGGAAAAGGGAGAAUGUAACGAAAAGCGAGAAGACAGUGAGAAGCGAGAAGACGCCCACGAGUCGGGCGAGCGCGAGGGCGCUGGAACGAAGGAGGCGCCCACAGAAAGCGACACAAGCGAGCGGCCGACUGAGGCCGUGUACGACGCUUUGAUCUCAGAAGUUCUCUCCGCGGAGAAGCGGAAGGAAGCGGAGCAAUCCCAAGACGCCUUCGUGAGAAUGCUGAUGGACAGACUUCGAGACGCCGCAAAGACGAACGCAGACACGCAACAGUGGCAAGAGGAGCUCGCAGCCAAGUGGAUGCGCGAAAACGAGCGGAGAGAGCAACAGGAGGCGCAGGAGGACGGCGAUCAGAGCGAACAUUAA